GAAAUCCCAAAGCAGCGGCACCUGCUACGGCCGAGACUUGCAGAAAUCUCUUUUUGUUUAUCAGCGGCACUUCUUGCGGCAGAGCUGUAAAGGGACCAUCCGUACAGCCCAAUAAUCAGGUAAUGAAGAACCAAAGAAUUGAUUUCUUUAUAAAGAAGGUGAAUUCUCAAUCUCAUGUUUCAUCUUCCCCAGAUUUAGUGGGUGAGCCCUCUUUCCCCAUUCCAGUAGAGGCUGUGGAGGUUCUAACAACUGAUUUUGAAACUUCUUCACAUGAAGAACCUCCACCAAAGGUCCCUCGACUUAAUAUUGCAUCAUUUGAUAGUUUGUCAAUGGAAAGAGAUCCUGGAAAGCGUCCACAAAUAUGCUCUUAUCGUGUGGAUCAACAAGAUGAAGUUAGAAGAGCUUACAUAAAGGCUGGUCCUUAUCAAUACGCGAUGUCUCCUUAUCCCUUAAACAGAAAAAAAAAGGCGUUUCCAGUAUUCAUGGUUCAAAUUAUUUCCAGAUUGGCUCGAAUACUCUCCAAGUAAAGAUGCUAUAUUCUGUUUGUCAUGCUAUUUAUGCGCUAAACCAAGUGGGCGUUUUGGUGCGGGAGCAUUUACAAUAGAAGGAUUUAAAUCGUGGAAAAAGGUCAAUGAUGGAGAGAAUUGUGCUCUGUUAACUCAUGUCGGAACCGAUCCCAAUUCACCCCAUAAAAGAGCAGUUAUGUGCUGUGUUGAUCUAAUGAAUGAAGCACAACAUAUUCAAAAAGUCAUUGAGAAACAAACUUCUCAACAGAUUGCCAACAAUCGAGUAUUACUCAAGACCUCAAUUGAUGCUGUUAGAUGGCUCACCUUUCAAGCAUGUGCAAUGAGAGGACACAAUGAACGACUUGAUUCACCCAAUCCAGGUAAUUUUAUCCAAUUGGUAAAAUUACUGGCAUCUUAUAAUGAACAUGUGUCUUCACUGGUGCUUGAUAAAGCUGCUUUUAAUGCCUCUUAUACAUCACCUCGGAUCCAAAAGGAGAUAUUGCAUAUUUUUGCAAAGAAAGUUCAGAAUGUUAUUCGAGAAAAUAUUGGUGAUGCCAAAUAUUGUGUUCUUGUUGACGAGGCUAGGGAUGAAUCAAAAAGGGAACAAAUGGCUAUUGUUUUAAGGGAUACGAUGGAGCAAGCAACAUGCGUGGAGAAUGGUCCGGAUUACAAGCACUUAUUUCUAAUGAGUGUCCAUAUGCUUAUUAUAUACACUGCUUUGCUCAUAGACUACAAUUGGCCUUAGUUGCAGCUGCCAAAGAGGUUAUUCCUAUUCAUCAUUUCUUUGAAAAGGUGAAUACAAUAACCAAUGUUGUUACCGCUUCUUGUAAACGGCAUGAUCAAUUACAAGCCGCACAAGCUGAAGAAAUUGCACGAUUAAUUCGUAUUGAAGAGUUAGAGACUGGGAGAGGUUUGAAUCAAGUAGGUACUUUAAAGAGGGCAAGCGAAACAAGAUGGAGUUCACAUUUGAGUUCUCUAAGAAGUUUGAAAAUCAUGUAUGUGGCUACUUGUUCAGUUUUGAAGAAUAUAAUUUCUGACGGAACCACAUAUGCUCAACGAGCAGAUGCAGAUGCAGUUUAUGAUGGAAUAACUUCUUUUGAAUUCAUUCUUAUUUUGCACAUUAUGAUAGAUAUUUUGGAAAUCUCAUAUGAUCUUUGUCAAGCUUUACAGUGCAAGUCUCAGGAUAUUGUGAAUGCAAUGCAUCUUGUCUCCACAACAAAGACAUUGAUCCAGAAGUUAAGAGAAGAUGGGUGGGAUCUCUUGUUUGGGAAAGUGAAACUAUUCUGUGAGAAGAUGAGUAUUGAUAUCCCCAAUAUGACUGACCAUUACACUGCAGGUAGAGGCCGAUCAAGGCGCAUAAAGGGUCCGAACACAAUGGCACAUCACUUUCAAUAUGAUAUUUUUAUUGCUACAGUUGAUUCUCAGUUGCAGGAACUGAAUGAGAGGUUUACUGCCAAUAUGAUGGAAUUGCUUGUGCUUUGUUCUGCUUUAGACCCUCGAGAUGAUUACAAAUAUUUUAGCAUUGAAAAUGUCUGUAAGCUCGAUGAGAAAUAUUAUCCAGAUGAUUUCUCCGAACAAGAAAAAUUACAUUUGAGAUUUCAAUUGGAGCACUUUGAGCUUGACAUUCAUCAAUUCCCAGGCCUUAAAAAUUUGUCAACAAUUUCAGAGCUUUGUCAAGAGUUAGUGAAGACAAGAAAGGCAGAGAUAUACCCUCUUGUUGAUAGAUUAGUUCGACUUGUGUUGACUCUUCCGAUUUCUACCGCUAGCGGUGAGCGUGCCUUUUCUGCUAUGAAACUUGUAAAGACAAGGCUUCGAAACAAAAUGGAGGAUGACUUUUUAACAAGUUAUCUGAUCACAUAUAUUGAGAAGGAAAUUGCACAAUCCUUUGAUACAGACACCAUUAUUGAUGAGUUUUGUGAUAUGAAAGAAAGAAGAUUGCAAUUCAAGCUUCCUAAAUAAAGUUUAAUGGCAUGGGUCUUGAAGGUGUUGAACAUCCAGCUUUUCCACUUCCUCUAUUAUGUUCAACCUUGGAUGUUUGAAGGUGCUGCAGAUACUACAAUAUCUAUCCUUAUAUUUUGUGUUUUUGAAGUGUGCUUACAUUGUUAAGGUACACAAUGUUGACUUUAUAUCUAGUAUUGUAUCUAGUAUUACAUUGGUGUGUGAUUUUGUCCAAAUUUGAUGAUCAUAUUAAUGUAUAUAUAAA